GAAUAAUAUAAUGUAAGGCAAAUUUCGCGUCCACAAUGUCGCUUCUUAAAGGCACGAUUGGAAUGACGUCGCCAUGAUGUGUAACACCGUAUAUAUACGCUUGAUAAAAUAGAUAUAUUUCCACGUUCCCUUCUAGCAUAUAACUUUCGAUCCAGUUGGUCCUAUUAAUCAAUUAUAUUUAAUUAAUUGGACCCUGAUUCUCUCGGGCAGAAAAAAAAAAAAAAAAACAGAAAAGUAAACUCUCGGCAACAAUGGCAUUCAAAACCGUCGCCCUCUUUGGAGCCAACGGCCAAAUCGGCAGCUGUAUCCUCCGCGCUCUCUUACACUGCUCCAAACAAUCUUUCAAUGUAAUCGGCUUUGUCGCACCAGGAAUGGCCUCAAAGCUGCCUCAAGCGCCGAAUCUGAAAGUUAGAGAACUCGACGUCACGAAUAUCAAGAAGGAUGAGUUGGCGGCUGCGUUGAAGGGCGUGGAUGUCGUGGUGAGCGCACUGAAUGGGAAGGCAUUGGAGAGUCAGGUGGAUAUUCAGAAUGCCGCGGUCGAUGCGGGUGUGGAGAGGUUCUAUCCGAGUGAAUAUGGGUUUCAUCAUAUUUAUCAGAAGCCAGGGGAUGGAGCGGGGUGGUUGCAUCCGAUGUGGAACCAAAAAGAAAAAAGCAACGAUGCAGUCCUCCACCACGCAGCCAUAACCUCCGGAAAGAUGAGCUACACAUUAAUCGGCUGCGGCGACUUCUACAACCAGGACCGCGAACCGGUCUGGUGUCCCUGGACGCAAACCAACGUCGACAGCUACACGUUCCACAUCAUCGGCGACCCCAACGCCAAAGCGGAUUUCACACACCUCGACGACUUCGCUGAUUAUCUCGUCGCGACACUGCUCGAGCCAGAGAAAUCUGAAAAUGCAACUCUGAACUUCCCCAGUGAUUUCAUCAGUCAUGAGGAGAUUGCGAGAUUGUUGGAGAAGUAUUCGGGGAAACCGGUCAAGAGAGAUGUCAUUUCGCUCGAGGAGAUGCAUCGUGUAAUUGCGGAUCCGAAACAAGCGCCCAAGGAACUGCAGUCAGGGAGUCCGUUUCCCGUUGAUUUUUGGUUUCUGGUCAAGGGCCAGCAGGGGCAGGGGAAUUUUUUCAGACCUAGGGGCCAGACGCAUAAUCAUCUGUUUCCGAGUGUGCGCAAGACGACGUUUGAGAAAUACUUUCAGAAGAAGUUUGCGGCGCGUUGAGAUGAAUUCCUCAUGAUUGGGGGAGGUGGUUACGGGAUAUUGUACCAUAUAAUUCAGGUCUUCUCAUAAUUAUUGGACAAGUUAAACUAACAAUACUAUAUAAUGAAUUAGUCACUCU